AUAUUUACUUUAUGCUCAAAGUUGUUUGCUAAUAACUUCAUCAAAUGAAUAACUUAAUGCUUCCAUUGAUUGCUAUAGGUUUAGCUGGUUACAUAGCACCUGAGCAUGUCCUAACCAGAAUCUUCACAGAUAAAUGUGAUGUUUAUUCAUUUGGUAUGGUCCUAAUAGAAGUUGUAUCCACUACUUACAAGCACACCAUCUUUGACAAAAUCAUUAUGUUGGAGAGCUCAUCAGAUUUGUCUCUAGAUCCAUUUGAUUUAAUGAAUCCAUUUGUGGAUAUAUCUGAAAUGUUGGAGAGAUUCUCAGUUGAUGAGAUUAUUGAUCCAAUUCUGAUGAGAAAGAUAGCACCAGAAUGUUUGGCAGUAUUCAUAGAUGUCACAAAAAGAUGCUUGAGCAGAGAAGCAAAUGAAAGACCAAAUAUAGGUGAAGUAGAUCUUGAACUGGAGCUAGCACUAGCACUGCAAGAGGAGGCCGAUGACCGGAAUCAUGGUGGUGGCUGGUGAACAUAAUUUUUCUGUCCACUUUUCUGCAGAAAACCUCUGUAAACAGUAAACACACCUUGUCCAGUUCUCAAAGACUCAUUGAAGUUGCAUGUUGCUGAUUGUUUCUCAGCAAAUGAAAAUUUGUGACAAAUUAUUGUAUGGUGGUUGAAGGUUGUUUUGUUCUCCUUGGCCUUGGAUUACACCACAAGCAAAACAACCCAUUAUUUGUGCUGUGUUUUUUCAAAAGCUUAAGCUAAUA